UAAUAAAUUUGUUAUAACGCUAGCAGAACCGGUCGCGAUUACACAUAGUCGUAUAAUUUUAUAUUUAGCCAGUCACGUAUGAGUCACAUAUUAGUGUUAUGUUCUGACUCGUGAAGAAAAACAAUCAAUAUCAUACAAGUUUCCGAAGCAGUACGACACCAUGGCCGUAGAAGUUAGUAAUAAGAAUAAUUCACUUUUCUAUAAAAGAAAAAUCCCGGAAACCUGUUUAUACGAAGAUGAAAACUGUGUAGCAUUUGACGAAGACAUUGAAGACAUGCAAACUCCCAUACACUUCUUAGUUGUACCAAAAAAAGUCAUACCAAGGCUAUCGGAAACUACCGUGGAUGAUGAAAAAUUACUUGGUCACUUGCUAUUAGUAGCGAAGCAAAUAGCGAUACAAAAGGGUUUACACAAACAUGGAUAUCAUGUAGUGGUUGACGAAAAUUAUCGUGCAUCGACACUAAAUUCGCUACAUGUAUUCGGACGAGCUUUACAUCAUAUGCUGUGGCCAAUAGGUCCCGGAGCAAGGCUUUAAAGAUUUAUUUAUUCUAUAAUUAAUUACACUUCAAAAUAUGUACAUAAAUAAGUAUAUACUUAGUUAGUAAUAAUAUAAUAUUAUUUAAUUUGUCA